AUGCUUUCUGCUCGUCCUAUCAUCCGAUCAAGCGUGCCUCGCGCCGCUCGUGCGACACGCGCCACUCGCAAUGUUCGCUUCCAGUCUACCACAUCUUCCUCAUCAUCUUCGAGCAGCACGCACCUCGCAUCAGGCAUUGCUGGUGGUUUCGUCGGUUCAGCUCUCUUCUACGGUAUCUACUCUUACACACCUGCCGGACGCGCAGUUUCAAGUGUGAACAAGGUCGCUUUGGAGGCUCAGAGGAAGUAUGACGCUGCCGCAAAGAAGCUCCAAGAGAAGGCACCCGAUGCCGACCAGGCCGUCAACUAUAUCAAGGAGUACGCAUACUCCUACGUUGGCUGGAUCCCUGGUGGCCGAGCCUACGUCGAUGCUGCCUUCCAGGACUGGGAGAAGGUUCGCGAGAACAACAAAGAUGAGGCCGACAAGCUUGUCAACGAUGCCUACAAGCAGUUCCAGGACUUGUCAAAGUCCGGUCUCAGCAUGGAGACUGCCUCUAAGGCUUUCGAUGUCCUCGCUGACCUCGGCAAGAAGGUCGCCAACCUCGCUGGUGACGCCAUUGGGGACAUUAUCGACAACCACCCUCAAGUCAAGGAGAAGCUCGGCGGCAACGUCGAUCAGCUGAAGGAGCUUGGUGACAAGUACGGCCCCGAGGCUAAGAAGCAGGUUGACGAGACCUGGAAGCAGGUCAAGGAUAUCUUCGCCGGUGGCUUCAGCGCCGCCAGCAUUUCCAAGGCCCGCAAGCUCAUCGAGGAGAAGGUUGAGGAGAUCAAGAAGCUCGGUGAUAAGGCCUGGAAGAAGGGUUGGGAGGAAGCCAAGCCCUACCUUGACAAGAACCCCAAGAUCAAGGAGCUCAUCGAGAAGAACGCCGAUGCUCUGAAGCAGGGUAACGCAACCGAGCUCUUCAAGCGCGCCAAGUCCGCUGCCGACUCUGGUGACAUGGGCGAUCUGCAGAAGUACGUCAAGGACGCCGCAGAGAAGGCCAAGUCCAAGGGUAACUCGCUCACUGGCGGCUGGGUCGACAUUGAGAAGUACAUCAAGGAGAUCCCCAACGGUGGAGAGGUCAUGGAGAAGCUCCAGCAGCUGAGCGAGGUCGCCUCCGAGCACAAGGAGGAGGGUGAGAAGCUCUUCAAGGAGACCGUCGAGGAGCUGCGACAAGUGUUGGAGAAGAAGUCUGAGAAGGCCCAGGAGAUCGCUGGAAAUGCCAAGAAGGAGGCCUCUAAAUAA